AUGUCGCCAGAUAAGGAGAUAUUGUCAUCAGACCUGGAUGCUCAAAAACCAGGGAAGAUUGAUACAAGCCCAGUAUCUUCUGUCGAGUGUGUUACAGGCUUCAAACUUUUUUUGAUUGUCAGUAGCGUAGCCCUUGCCUGUUUUCUUAUGCUCUUGGACACAAUGGUCAUUGGAACGGCAAUUCCUCAUAUUACCAAUACCUUCAACUCCCUCCCCGAUGUAGGAUGGUAUGCUAGUGCAUAUCAAUUCGGAAGCGCUGCUCCACAGCCCCUUACUGGAAAAAUAUAUACAAAUUUCAACUCAAAGGUUUGUUCCGUUCUCUGUGGUGCUGCCAUCUCAUCCAACAUGCUCAUUGUUGGCCGUGCUAUUGCUGGGUUCGGCGCUUCUGGUAUCAUUAAUGGUGCAAUCACCAUAAUCUCAAGUUGUGUUCCAUUGGAAAGGCGUCCUAUAAACCAGCUUGGACUUGUUGCUGGACCUCUUGUUGGAGGGGCUUUCACUUCCUACACGACGUGGAGGUGGUCAUUUUUUCUUCUCUUUUUGAGCAUUCCAGAACAAACACGAAAGCCCAACGUAUCUGUAGUACUUUCGAAACUACACCACCACUUAGACCUUGUCGGCUUUCUCCUAUUUGCCCCAGCUAUACUACAGCUUCUACUUGCGCUCCAGUAUGGAGUCAAUCAAUACCCAUGGAAUUCCCCCCGCGUCAUUGGGCUCUUUUGUGGCUUUGCCGCAAAUUUUGCCAUUUGGAUCUUUUGGAAUAGAUAUAAGGGGAAUGAUGCAUUACUACCACAUUCUAUGCUGAAACUGAGACCUGUCUGGACAUCUGCAUUAUACCAGGCAUUCAUGAUAUCAGCAGUGUAUGGUGCCUCAUUCUUUCUCCCAAUAUAUUUUCAAGCCAUCAAUAAUGCAACUCCUGUGCUCAGUGGAGUAUAUUUGCUACCUACCAUUCUUCCGCAGCUUGUUGCGGCUGGACUCUCUGGAGUAUUGUCAGUUACUGGAACCAUUCUCUUGUCUCUCGGGAGCGGACUCUAUUCGAUUUUACGGCCAGGUAGUCCAACAGAAUACUGGGUUGGAUUUCAAUUACUAGCCGGGAUUGGAUCAGGAUUAAGCAUGCAACUGGCUAUAAUUACAAUUCAAGCUGCAAUAAGUGGAGAGAAACUUGCUACAGGCAUGGCUUUAGUCAUCUUUGCUCAGUCCCUUGGACCGGCUAUCAUGCUUGUCUUGUGCAAUGUGAUAUUUCUCUCUAGCCUUGGCUCACAACUGUAUGAACAUGCACCAAAUGCCAAUUCAGCCGCAAUUAUCAAAGCUGGAGCCACUGGUUUCCGCUCCAUUGUCCAGUUGGAGGAUUUACCCGGGGUUCUGAUUGCAUACGCCAACAGUAUUGAUAGGGUUUUUUACUUGGUUGCUGCAGUGGGUGCUGCUUGCGCACUUGUGUUAUGGGGAAUGGGCUGGCAUGACUUGAGAAAAAAAGAUAGCAAGCAAAAAAGUGAAGAAAAUGUCGCUGAGAAGGGCGAUAGAUAG